AUGUCUACUCCAGGACUCCAGGACAGAACCAUAGUUAUCACUGGUGUUUCCCGAGGAUUGGGAGCAUCUAUCGCUCAAGCAGUCUUGGAGGCGGGUGGCGACGUGUAUGGCAUCGAUAUCCUCCCAGAACCCGACGAAGAGAACCGACAAAAGAUUCGUACCCUGUUGGAGGGUAGCAAAUCCCGAUUUAACUUUUUCCAAGCCGAUAUUCGCGAUGAACCAGCUAUUGAGUCAGCUUUGACCCAAGUGGGAGAGUUAACAAAGCAACGGGGAAAGCCUGUUCUCGGGUUGGUAAACUGUGCUGGGGUGCAGCACACGGAUAAUGCAGAAGAUUUCCCGGUCCAUGAGUUCCAACGCAUCAUCGAUAUCAAUGUCAUGGGCAGCUUUAUAGUUGCUAAGCAUACAGCUCGACUGAUGAUCGCAGAGAAUUGGAAAGGAAGUAUGGUGCUGAUCGGUUCAAUUGCGGGCUACGUCGCAAACAGGGGCAUCCACGGAAGUGCUUACUGCGCUUCGAAGGCCGCUGUGCAAAUGAUGGUCAAAUCUUUUGCAUAUGAAUGGGGAAAGCAUGGAAUCAGGGUGAACAGCCUCUCGCCAGGUCCCAUCAUGACCAAUAUGGUGAGCGAGCUUUUGGAAAAUAACGCAGAUAUGAAAUCUCUUUUUAUGUCUGGGGCUGUUCUUGGGAGACUGGGAAUCGUCCAAGAUGUACAGGGAGUGACUCUAUUCCUGCUCAGUGACACCUCUGGAUACAUGACGGGAGCUGAUGUGAAGCUCGACGGUGGUGCCACGACCUCGGUCUAG